CUUCCUCUGGAUCAUCAAGCAUGGGGAAAGACACCGAAUCCAUGGUGGAUGUUUCUCACGGAUAUGCUGCUAAUUUCGGAGAAGGAAGCACAGGAAUUGAACAAGCUAAGGCGGCCAUUGGUUGUGCCCCACAUGGACGAAUCAGGGUGGCUGGUCUAGGAGAGGAGAGUGAUAGACUUCAGGGGGUCGGUGACAGAGUUUCAGGGGAAUAUGCUGACGUUGAAACUGUUCCAGAUUCUCAAUCCAGUCAAAAGGUGCGAUCUGCUCUUGUGUUGCAGAGAAGAAAUGCAGGGGAUCUUGAACUAUAUGAUGGUGUGGAAACCGGACUGGGUGGCUUCCAAGGACCUGUUGAGGAGGUUGGGAUGGAGCAUGAUUGCUUCAACCAAAAUGGGAUCUAAUCCAAUGGAAAUUCCUAACAUCAAUUGUUCCAAAAUGAACAUUCUACUGUGGAAUUGUAGGGGUGCCCGGAAUGGGGAUUUCAAGAGAAGAGUUUUUGAAAUGGCGGUGAACCAUUUUCCCUCUAUUAUGGUAAUCACAGAGACUAGAGUGGGCGGUGACAGGGCUGCCAAGAUUAUUGAGGGUCUCCCUUUCGAUGGUUUUUUUGUUACUGAAACCAUUGGAUAUGCUGGGGGGGCUUUGGCUACUUUGGAAAAAAGAGGAAGUGGAGGUUUUUGUGCUGGCUGCCACAGAACAAGAAAUUCAUGCAACCAUCAAGGUACCUUCUUCGCCAUUUCAGCCAAGUCAGGAUCAGCCAUGUUUACCGGGAAGCGAAUAGAUGCGCCGAUCAUCUCGCAAAAGGAGGCUGCAACAUGAUAGGGACUUUUGUAGUUUUAGAUGCUCCUAACUCGGAUGAGCUUUGUAUCAAAUUAGAAU